GGGAACCGGAAGUGGAUCCCAGACAUGUUGACGCGCUUUGCGGUUUCCCUUUCCUAUUGUAUAAGACCAGAGGAGAGGGGAACUUUAGGAAACUCAGAACGACACGCACAACAAAGUUUGUAAGAAGCAUUCGAAUAAUUUUCGGACACUUUGAAACGUGUAGCAGGUAACACCAAUGUGGAAUUACUGAUGGAUUCGAGGUACGAGAUCCUGAGGAGGGGCGGUGGGGGUGGAUUUAGCGGGGGCUCUGCCGGUGGGUCCCCGGCUCUGACUGGGGCUCAGUCGCGCCGGAGGAAGAUGCCGCCGCGGCCAGCCGAUCACAAACUGCAAGUGAUUAUCAUUGGCUCUCGUGGCGUGGGCAAGACUAGCAUCAUGGAGAGGUUCACAGACGACACUUUCUGCGAAGCUUGCAAGUCUACAGUGGGAGUUGAUUUUAAAAUCAAAACGCUGGAGCUGAGAGGGAAGAAGAUCAGACUGCAGAUUUGGGACACGGCAGGGCAGGAGCGGUUUAACAGCAUCACCUCGGCCUACUACCGUGGUGCCAAAGGCAUUGUCCUGGUCUAUGACAUCACCAAGCAGGAGACGUUCGAAGACCUGCCCAAGUGGAUGAAAAUGAUUGACAAGUAUGCUUCAGAGGAUGCAGAACUCCUGCUGGUUGGAAACAAGCUGGACUGCGAGGCUGACCGUGUAAUAACCCGACACCAGGGUGAAAGGUUUGCCUCACAGAUAUCAGGGAUGCGCUUCUGUGAAGCGAGUGCCAAGGACAACUUCAACGUUGAUGAGAUCUUUCUCAAGCUGGUGAAUGACAUUUUGAACAAGACGCAGGCAGGAAGGUUUCCGUUCUCUGUCCCCUCACCGCUGUGUCCUUGCAGCUUCCCGGGGAGAUCCCCACCAGCCAGCUGUCCAACAGUGUCCUGAGCCUACAGCCGGAGCCGGAGGUGCCCCCAGAGCUACCCCCGCCCCGCCCCCGCUGCUGCUGAGGCCCCACCCCGCAGUGAACUCUUCCGCCAGGAGGGGGCAGCGCAGAGCUAGUCUGGAGCUACAGGGACCCUAUCUGCCCUCUGCUCUCAGGCUGCACACUCCGAACAAAUUGGCACUUCCUCCCCUACAUAGCCCCCAACUGCACCCCUGGGACUACCUCACGUUUAGAAUGGCAAGGACAGCUGGGUCUUUCUCACGCCUCUGCGAAAAAGACCCCUUGGCCACCCCUGCAGUGAUGGGUAGGAGUAGUAGAGCUCAUCAGUCAGGGUGCUGUAACUUCCUGUUCUGCGCCACCACAGUAGUCUAAAGCCUCAGCUUCCCUGAUCAUGUGACAGAAAGGGGUGGGGGGUGUGUGGAACGCCCUGUAAGGUCUGUGUGUGUCCUGGAAUUGAUGAAAAUCAUCAUAUAAUGUAAAUUUCAUUAUUAGUAUCAAGUGAUGAACACAUUUAAUCUGACAUUCAUGGGCUCAGACUCCAUCCGUCUGUCUUCCGGUAAUUGAAGUUCCACAGACCUGCUUCCCCCACCUUUGUAAACUGAAAGUACAGAGAUUGAGUACUCACUGUGCAAGCCCCUUUCUCCAUAGAGCCUUUUGAAAAAUAAGGGACUAAGAAUAUUUUCAGUCUGAACCUUACAAGGAUCAUUUCAUUGUAGUUUUUAAGUUUACAGUUAUUUUGCCUUACAGCAGUAUUACUGACUGAGUCAACUGGCACAAAUCUUUUGUGAUAUGCUUGUUUUGAGCUUUUGUGAUGUUUUUGUAAUGUUUUGCACUAUGGUUGUUUGAAGCUGGUUUUGAAAAGGUAAGAGUUCACUGUUGGAAAAAAUAGCGUAAUGAGAACAGAAGAUUGUCAGCACUAAAAACCAGGAACCAUGUUUCUGUUCAACACAUAUAUCCAGUCCAGGUCUGGUAGAUUAUAUAGAAAGAAUUUUUCUGGGCUUCAAAACUUCUAAAGAAUUCAGAAGAACUUUUUUCCUAAAUAUUGACAGGGCUGCCUUUCUCAAAUACACUGAGCAGUAAAGUAGUUCAUAAUUAUUUUCACCUCCUGAAAGGGACAGUUUUCAUAUGUACAGUACAAGUCGGUGUACAGGGGGCAGAAAUCUGAAAUUGCUGCUGCAUCAGACUGCACUCUGUCUUCUGUCCUUCAUUUAAAGGGCUUGUUUGUUUGUUUGUUUGAUAUCUUUUGUUCAAGGUUUAAAUACCACUUCGACUUGACCUUUAGUGGGCACUCUGAAUUCCUGCUUUGUCUGAAUAAGCUGGCUUUGAGGACAGAGGGUGCUGGUUGGGUGGUUGAGAGAGCGGAGCACUGUUUGUUAGCCUUGAAAAGUGCCCACAGUGCCACGUUUGUGGCGCCCUCUCUUGUGUCUGCUGUGGCAGGUUCAGAAACUCAGUUCAGGAACACCACCCUUGUGUACCAUUUACCUUUUUUAACUGAUCAUUUAAAGAAAUACAGGAACUGGAGACCCAUAACGGGCAAGGUGUGGUCAUGUGGGUAAUUAGGAAUUUGGUAAAGAAUUCUUAUUGAUAAUAGAACAGUGUCCUGGCAGUUCUUGUUUUUGUCAUGUUUAUCGAUGACCGGCCACUGUUUUGGCACAGCUGUUGGUUUUAUUAUGGUGUAUUAAGGACCCUGGAUGUGCCCAAAUGCAGAUGGUUAAUUGUCAGGUAAGAAAUUGUUACCAGGAAGCAUGCAGCAGUAAUUAUGGCCUAAUUGCAUUUGUACACUUGAGCAGCAGGUAGUCAAUUGUUUUGAUUGGAUCUCAACAGGAACUGAAGUUAGUUAGUUUCAGUAUCCAACCUAAAGGCUUUUUUGUCAGGUGCCAGUACUGUGUGCAUUUAUUUUCUUCAGCUCCAUGAACACAUGAAGCGAGUGCCAUUGGAGGCAGUAAAUCUGCCUGAAAGUCAAGUUACUGUUUAAAACUAUGAGCCCCAAGUAUUUUAAAGGAUGGUAUUUUGAUCAGCCUGUUUACAAUCUGCUGUCUUAUGAAUGAACCAGACACUGAUGCAGGCUUCCAUCUUGUACAAGUAAUUGUUGUUUUCUCCUGUUUAAUUUAAAGCAAAAUUAUUGAUAUUACAGCAAUAUUUUGUCAUUUAAAUAGCCAACUGGACUUUGUUUAAGUUACUAAACAAGUUUUAGUUAUUUUAGUAAGCUGGCAUGUUUUGAGCAGUUUUUGUGAUAUUUAUAACUUGUGGUAUUCUGAAACUAAUGAAGUGCAAAUAAAAGUUUUCUAUUUAUUACCCAGAAA